GCCCGGCGAGGAGCGGGCGCCGCCCGCCCCGAGGCUGAGCCGCUGCCGGGAGCGCCCGCGGGCGGCCCGCUCCCGGCCGGAGGAGGAGAAGGAGGAGGAGGUGUAGGACCAUGCUGGCGGGGCUGGGGAGGGCGGUGCGGAGCAAGUGGCUGCUCCCGGUGCCGCUGGGCAGGCGGGAUGACCGCCCGUCGCCCUCGGCGCCUCAGGUGUGGCUUUGGAAGAACGCUGGAGCUUGGAGGGGCUGGGAAGGAGCACCUUACAGCACAUUGGUGCCAUCUGAUGAAGUAACUAUUAAUUACAGACAUGGUCUUCCUGUGAUAACUCUUAUGCUGCCCACAAGAAGAGAACGCUGUCAGUUCACUGUUAAGCCAGUGGUGACCACUGUAGGAGCAUUCCUGCAGGAUGUGCAAAGAGAAGAUAAAGGAAUUGAGAGGGCAGAAGUCUUUGCAACAGAUGGUAGCAAGGUCUCUCAUGCAACCUUGAUGGAGGUCUUAUUGAUGAAUGACUUUAAACUUGUUAUCAACAACACAGACUACAGUGUGUCACCUCCUGUAAAAGAUAAGCUGAAUAGUGAGCAUGCUACCGAAAUGGACGAUAUCAAAUCCUUGGUUCACAGACUGUUUGUAGCCCUACAUUUAGAAGAUCACCAGAUCAGGAAAGAGAGAGAAUUGCUACAGAAAAUGGAUCACCUCAAAGAAGAGCUGUUGCCCCUUGAACAGAUGAAAGCCAGAAUCAUAAACAGUGCAGAUGCAAAGACCUCCAGGCUUUUAUGGGUUGGCUUAGCUCUGAUGUCAACUCAGGGGGGAGCAUUGGCGUGGCUCACGUGGUGGGUCUAUUCGUGGGACAUCAUGGAGCCAGUCACGUACUUCAUCACUUACGGGACUGCCAUGGCUUUCUAUGCCUACUUUGUUCUUACUAAGCAAGACUACGUUUACCCUCAUGCCAAGGACAGGCAAUUUCUCCACUACUUCUAUCAGAAAUCCAAAAAACAGCAUUUUAAUGUGGAACGAUACAACAAGCUCAAAGACGACCUAGCAGAGGCAGAAGAAUCCCUGAGGCGUCUGCGCCAACCUCUGCACCUGAGGCUUCCCAUCCAGGAAAUCAAUGACAAGGACUAACUUUGUUUUUGUAUAUAUUGGAGUUGCCCUUUCAAAGCUGAUAUGAACAUUUAAUUGAAAUUGAAACUGGGCAUUUUUGACCACUAUAGUUUUGAAAGUUGAUUAAAUAUCUAUUAAAA